GAAACGGAAAUAUCAGAAAUGGCUGGUGUCAGCGAUAGAGCUCCACUCCUUCGGGGGACAUCUGCUCCUGGACCUCAGACUUCAUGCAAAAAAAACAGAAGAUACGUGAAAAAAUCACAUUAUCUUGUCGUGGAAGGCCAUGAAAAUGAAACCCUUUCCCAAGAGAGAGAUCAGUGCAUGGGGUCUUCAGAAGACGAACUGAGAAUUGUGACAGUUGGUAGAACUGGAUCAGGGAAAAGUUCAACAGGGAACACCAUCCUUGGACGCACAAAUGCUUUUAAAGAGGAUCCUUCACCUAAUUCUGUGACCAAGCAAUGUAUCAAAAAACAUGCAGAAGUGUCAGGAAGGCGUGUCUCUGUGAUAGACUGUCCUGGAAACUUUGAUACAUUUAUGGAUGACAAUCAGUUCAAAACUGAGAUAGAGAAAUGCAUUGAUCUGUCUGUGCCAGGACCUCACGUGUUCCUUCAAGUGAUCAGACUAGGGGUGAGAUUCACAGAGGAGGAAGAAAAUGCUGUGGAAUGGAUUAAACGUAAUUUUGGCGAACAAGCCUCUCUAUAUACAAUAGUACUGUUUACUCAUGUGGAUGACUUGGGAAACAGAAGAGUAGAGGACUGUAUUGCACAAUGCCCUAAACUCAGAAAUGUCAUUGAAACUUGUGGAGGGAGAUAUCUUGCAUUCAAUAAUAAAGUCAGAGAAAACUCCCAGGUCAAGAAGUUAUUGAAAUUGAUUGACAAGAUGUUAAAACUGAAUCCUAAACCGUUCUACACAAAUGACAUGUACAAAAAAGCUCAGAAAAGGAUUGAAGAGGAGGAGAGGAUGAGACAGGAAGAGAUUAAGAGGAAAGAGGAAGAAGUAAAGUGGAAACAGGACGAGGAGAUCAGGAGGAAGAGAGAAAAAAAGGAAAAACAGGUUUCCAUAGGUACCAUGAUAGGUGGUGGACUGAUGGUUGCAGGAGGGGUAACAGCAGGAGUAGUAGCUGAAAUUGUCCUGGCACCUGUAAUUAUAGGGGUGGUUGGUGCUGCAGGAUUGAUAUCAGCAAUUGGAUACUUUGUGAAACUUAAAACAAGAGAGCAGUAGAUGAGUGCAUUUAAUCAUACUGUAGAGUGGAUGCUCUGUUAUGAUUAGGACACAUAGUGCAUGUUGUGUAUAUGCUCUGUUAUGAUUAAGACAUAUAGUGCAUGUUGUGUAUAUGCUCUGUUAUGAUUAAGACAUAUAGUGCAUGUUGUGUAUAUGCUCUGUUAUGAUUAGGACAUAUAGUGCAUGUUGUGUAGAUGCUCUGUUAUGAUUAAGACAUAUAGUGCAUGUUGUGUAGAUGUUCUGUUAUGAUUAAGACACAUAGUGCAUGUUGUGUAGAUGUUCUGUUAUGAUUAAGACACAUAGUGCAUGUUGUGUAGAUGAUCUUUUAUGAUUGUUCAUUAUUAAUCAGACAUAUUACUUCCACGUAUCAGUACCAGAUUCGUUUAUCUGUGUUAUUAACAUCUGCAAAUGUGUUAUUUUUUGCUUUUCUAUCUUGUUUGCUUGAUUAUCACUGAAAUAAAUGAACAUUUCACCAGA